AUGACCAAAGGCAAAGACACUCACUUCCAAGAAAAUGUCGCUGACGAAGAAAUAAACGAUGGGAACGAUGUCCCAAGCUCACCACCUCAACCAGCCACCUUUAAAGGGCGUCUUCAAAUCAGUGACUUCAUGUUCAAGUCAACUGAGUCUACUAGCAAGGGAGAAACCCCUAUUCGAAGAUCACCAAGAUUCAACCCAUCAACGUCUUCUGCCAUAGCGACGCCUGCAUCAGUCACUACAGCAAAGAGGACGAAAAAGAGGGAAGCGGAAGAGAAGGAGAAUUAUAAACCAAAGAAGAAACGAGCACGUCCUAGUUCUGGAUACGCGCCACCCUCAACAUACGCCCAUCUCCCUGGUCUGCCAGAUGCCAUUGCCGACAACCUCCUCGUUCUUUUCAUUGGUCUAAACCCGGGAAUACAGACAGCAAGAACUGGACAUGCAUAUGCCCAUCCAUCAAAUCUAUUUUGGAAACUUCUCUUCUCAAGUGGUCUCACUCCGCGUCUCUGCAGUCCAACAGAGGAUCGUCAGCUCCCUGAGAUGUACUCGAUGGGAUUUACCAACAUUGUUGCCCGUCCAAGCCGCAAUGGGUCUGAGCUUAGCAAGCAGGAGAUGGACGAAGGUGUUGAGAUUCUUCAUGAGAAGUGUCGCAAGUACCGUCCCGAGUCCGUAUGUGUUGUUGGCAAAAGUAUCUGGGAAAGUAUUUGGCGUGUGAGGCACGGUAAACCUGUUGGAAAAGCUUUCAAGUAUGGUUGGCAGGAUGAAUCAGAGAACAUGGGCGUCAUUGAGGGUGAAUGGGAGGGAUCCAAAGUGUUUGUAUCGAGCAGCACAAGUGGCCUUGCUGCUACGUUAUCACCGGCUGAGAAAGAACGAAUAUGGGCAGAAAUCGGGACAUGGGCAAAGAAACGGAGGGCUGAAAGGGAGCUCGAGAACAAAGGCAAAAAUCAAUGA